AUGCUCUCCGCGCUAGCGAACCCGAGGCAUCUGGCCUCCCAGCUCCUCACCUUUGGCUUGAUUCUCUCCUCCGCCUUCAUGAUGUGGAAAGGUCUCUCCAUCCUGACGGAUUCUCCCUCGCCCAUCGUCGUCGUCCUCUCCGGCUCCAUGGAGCCCGCGUUCCAGCGAGGUGACCUUCUCUUCCUCUGGAACCGGAACCUGAUAGCCGAGACCGAGGUCGGCGAGGUGGUGGUCUACAACAUUAAGAACAAGGAUAUCCCUAUUGUCCACCGCGUUGUGAGGAAGUUUGGGACUGGACCCCACGCCAAGCUCCUGACAAAAGGCGACAACAACGUCGGCGACGACACCGAGCUCUACGCCAAGGGCCAGGACUACCUCGACCGCAGCGACAUCAUCGGCAGCGUAGUAGGAUACUUCCCCUUUGUCGGCUACGUCACCAUCCUCCUCUCCGAAUACCCCUGGCUGAAGACGGCCAUGUUGGGCAUCAUGGGCCUCGUUGUCGUUUUGCAGAGGGAGUAA